ACAUUCUUCAAGCGAAAGAAAUCCCCUUUCUGAAACCCUAGUUCGUUAUAUUGUGUGUAUUUCUCUGCACAUUACCAAAUCAAACUAAAAAUUCGUUCUAUUGUGUGAAUUUCGCUGAAGAUUACCGAAUCAAACUCAAAAUCAAAAGUAUGGAUGAAGGAAAUCAAGAAAAUAAGAGGAUUCCAAAGCUGAAUUUAGAUUCAAUAGAUUUGCUGUGUAGGGAUGAAAGAUUUGUAAAUGGAAGAUUGGUUAGUACUAAUAUCGAAGAUUCUAUUGAUCACCUCCUAUGCAAGGACAAAAGAUUUGUGGAUGGAAGAUUGGUUAAUAUUAAUAUCCAAGGUGAACCAGAGCCUAAGGCUAAGGGAGAGGCUGGAGAAGAUGAACCAGUGUUCAAGGGAGAGACUGGAGGAGGUGCACUUACUAUCAAAGGUGAUCGAGAGCCAAAGGAAGAGAUUGGAGGAGGUGAACUGGAUGAUUAUGGUAUUGGUCUGAGUGAAGUUUACAAGAAGAAGAACUAGAUAAAGAGAUAGAGUUUUGUGAAUGACUGAUGCCACCCAUUGAUGUUUACUAUUUUGUUUGCUUAGUUUGUGAAAAUAUGAGAUUCAAGGUACAUAUGA